AUGACCCGCAUGGGCCAUUCUGUCGACCUUGUCAAGUCAGUCAGUACAUCGGAUCAACAGCGGCCUGGACCGCCUUGCCCGACUCCUCGAGCCCCUUUGUUCACAUCUGGAGCACGCCAGUCAGCCGGAUCAGAACGUCUCGCAAUAAGAAUUUCGGCGCUUGCUGGGUACUUAGUUGCAAGGUUUGACUUUGGUAACAUAAACUCUGCAUUUGGUCAGAACCUUGGGUCUCUUGCCAUCCAAAGACUCAUUCUUAUCGCCCCUUUCGGCCGCCUUGUCGCCUGGAUACUCACUGAGUCAGCACAGCCAUCCGGCAAGAUAUCUUUAGAGAGUAGGGAGUCCCCUUGCUCACCUGGAGCAGAGCCGCGGCUUUACUUCCAUCUUGUGAUCUAUUCAAGGUGGGCUGCCAAGAACUUGCCGUCUCGCAAACGGUGUUGGUUGCUUGCCAUGCUGGCGGUGGGCUCGAGAUUGACGGGCCUACAGGGCAGCAAUGGAAUAAUACAACUAGACUUGCUCAGGGCUCUCAGUGACAACCGGAACAAGCCCAGGGCCGAUAAUAGCAUCAUGUCAACCGCCACAAUCGCAUUCUCAGAACACGUGAGGCUACGGAUGGGAGAAGCUAGGAGAAGGAGCAUGGCCAAGUGA